GUUUUUCGUUUACUCUAAUUUAUCUAUGUUCCCAAGGUCUAGUUUUGCUGGACCUUUUACCUUUCUUCAACACCCUUUCGCCUUUCGGACACCGCCCCCUCCUUCUCUCUAGGCUCCGUUGUCUCCUCAUCGUUUUCUUCAGUCUUCUUUGGUUUUCUGGCGCUGAAAGGUAAGAAUUAUGAACUCUCAGCUUUGCAACAUUUUACACUGGUCUUAAGCCGUCACUUCCUGCUCUUUUUUUGGUCUGUGGAAAUGUUUCUCUUGAUUUUGCUGGUUUUUCUUCUUUUUAACUCUCAUGGACAUGUUAGUUCUUUGAAUAAUGAAGGAUUUGUACUUAUGUCGUUCAAGCAGUCCAUAUAUGAUGACCCAGAAGGGUCUUUGAGCAACUGGAAAUCCUCCGAUGAGACCCCUUGUUCAUGGAAUGGGGUUACAUGUAAGGAGCAAAAAGUUGUCUCUGUUGGCAUCCCAAAGAAGAAACUUUAUGGGUUUCUUCCUUCUUCUCUUGGGUCUCUCUCUGACCUUAGACAUUUAAAUUUGAGGAAUAAUAGGUUCUUUGGUAGCUUACCUGCCGAGCUCUUUCAAGCUCAAGGGCUACAGAGUCUGGUCCUUUAUGGGAAUACCUUAUCUGGGUCUUUGCCAAAUGAGUUUGGCAAGCUUAAGUACCUUCAAAGCUUGGAUUUAUCACAGAAUUUCUUCAAUGGAUCAAUACCCACAUCAAUUGUUCAAUGCAAGAGACUUAGAAACUUUGAUCUGAGCCAAAACAAUUUCACUGGUUCUUUACCAGAAGGGUUUGGUUCUGGUUUGGUUUCUCUUGAAAAGCUUGAUCUUUCAUUCAAUAAAUUCAAUGGUUCAAUUCCUAGUGAUAUAGGAAAUUUAACUAGUUUGCAAGGAACUGUUGAUCUGUCACAUAAUCUCUUCACGGGUUUAAUCCCAGCUAGUCUUGGAAGCCUUCCUGAGAAGGUUUACAUUGAUCUAACUUACAACAAUUUGAGUGGUCCAAUACCACAAAAUGGUGCUUUAAUGAACAGAGGACCAACAGCAUUUAUAGGAAAUCCUGGUCUCUGUGGUCCUCCAUUAAAAAACCCUUGUUCUUCCAAUACAGAUGGAGCAAGUUCACCUUCAUCAUUUCCCUUUUUGCCUAAUAACAACCCGCCUCAAAAUUUGAAUAACAAUGGUAGAGGGCCUGAGAAAGGAGGAGGAUUAAGUAAGGGUGCUGUAAUUGCAAUCAUUGUGAGUGAUGCAAUUGGAAUUUGCCUUGUUGGGUUACUAUUUUCGCAUUGCUAUUCAAGGGUUUGUGCUUGUAGCAAGGAUAAAGAUGAAACUGGUUAUGUUUUCGGCAAGGAAGGGAAGGGAAGGCGGGAGUGUUUGUGCUUUAGAAAGGAUGAACCUGAUACUCUAUCUGAGAAUGUAGAGCAGUAUGAUCUUGUGCCCUUGGAUACACAGGUAGCUUUUAAUUUAGAUGAGCUGCUUAAGGCUUCAGCUUUUGUUCUGGGGAAGAGUGGAAUCGGGAUUGUAUACAAAGUUGCACUCGAAGAUGGGCUUACUUUAGCUGUGAGAAGAUUGGGAGAAGGGGGCUCUCAAAGGUUCAAGGAGUUCAAGACAGAAGUAGAAGCUAUUGGAAAGCUAAGGCAUCCUAAUAUUGUGACACUCAGAGCGUAUUACUGGUCUGUCGAUGAGAAGUUGCUAAUCUAUGAUUACAUACCUAAUGGAAGCCUUGCGACCGGGCUUCAUGGGAAGCCUGGAAUGGUUUCUUUUACACCGUUAUCUUGGUCUAUUCGGUUGAAAAUCAUCAAGGGGAUUGCAAAUGGUUUGGUUUAUCUGCAUGAAUUCAGUCCUAAAAAGUAUGUUCAUGGAGAUGUGAAACCAAGAAAUAUACUUCUUGGACAUAACAUGGUACCUUACAUUUCUGAUUUUGGACUCGGGCGCCUUGCUAAUAUUGCCGGAGCAUCCCCUACUCUGCAAUCUAAUGGAGCUGCUUCAGAAAAACCACAAGAAAGGCAACAAAAGAAUGCACCUAGCUCGGACGUUGCCACAUUUUCAUCGAUGAAUUUGGGAUCUUACUACCAGGCCCCUGAAGCACUUAAAGUCGUAAAACCAUCACAGAAAUGGGAUGUUUACUCUUAUGGGGUGAUCUUACUAGAAAUGAUCUCAGGAAGAUCCCCAGUGAUCCACAUGGGUACCUCAGAAAUGGACCUUGUUAACUGGAUUCAGCUUUGCAUUGAAGAACAGAAACCACUUGCAGAUGUUUUAGAUCCAUAUUUAUCUCCAGAUUUGGACAAGGAAGAGGAAAUUAUUGCAAUUCUAAAGAUAGCAAUGGCUUGUGUUCACAGCAGCCCUGAAAGAAGACCAACAAUGAGGCAUGUCUGUGAUGCUUUAAGCAGAUUGGCUGUAUCCUCUGAUUGAAUGGAACUGAGAUAAAUUGUUCAUUGCACUUGCAAUGAAAAAAUGUAAAAGUAAAAUAUGGGAUCUGUGCAAUUUAUGUCUUUGUUUUUGGUAGGUUGUUUUCUUCUUUGUUAUUGCAUGAGAUGGUGGUGGGUCUGCUUUGGGAGCUUGCUGAGAGAUGGAGGAACUGCUUUUGUACUCUGGCAUUGUUAAGUGUAUAUGUAAAAGAAGAGGAUGUUGUCUUUUUCAUGCUCUUAUUGCAGAACUUUUGUCUCUUUGUUUGUAUUAUCAAUCUUUUAAUUAAUUGUUUAUUGCA